AUGAAUCCACCAUUCGGCAAGCACACAUCUGCAGGCAUAUGCGUGCAGAUUCCGCAAACAUACCCCGCAGCAGUCCUGCAGACAUCCUCUACGUCGUGGAACUCCUCUCUCGCGCUCGCGCGCUCGCUCUUCGGGGGUGCUCCGCAAUCCCUGCAAGCCUCACUUGACACUGUCAACUCACCUCCGGAGGUCCUGCAGCCCUUGAUCGUGCCGGAGGCGAUCCUCGGGCUGGUGACCACUACCAUUCUCUCCAUCACUGCCCCGGGGCCAGGCAUCGAGCGUGAUGCUGCUAAAGCCGCCGCUUUAGCGCGCAGCUGCAACGAAUCUGCCGCCGCCAUUCGGAACGCUCAGCCGCUCCAGUAUGGCUUCUUCGCAUCGGUACCCUCCUUGUUCGAUACAGCGGCCGUUUUGAAAGAAAUCGACUACGCCUGCACCAGUCUGCGUGCUGAUGGGGUCACGUUGUUUACCCGCUAUGGCGAUGGUCCCAAUUACCUGGGGCAUGCAGCCUUUCGACCCGUAUGGGCUGAUCUGAGCCGCCGCGGUGCUGUGGUGUUCAUCCACCCGACCCAUCCGGUCGAUACGCAGCUCGUCAACCAAUGGCUACCGCAGCCCAUGUUUGACUAUCCGCAUGAGACUGGCCGGGCCGCUAUGGAUCUUCUGACGAGUGGGAUUCUGCAAGACUACCCGGGAUGCAAGAUCAUCCUCUCUCACGCAGGCGGCACCUUGCCAUAUCUCAUCCAUCGGGCGGCUACCAUGCUGCCUUUUAUGCCACGCACGCUCGCGAUCUCCUCAAACCCUGUCACGUUGAAGGCGCUGUUCGAGUUCGCUGCGCCUGGCCAUGUGCUCUUCGGCAGUGAUUUCCCCAAUGCCCCGCACGACGCGAUCCAACGCUUCACUGACUUUCUCGGGGCGUAUGAGCUGCCGGGGGAGACCAAGGGACAAGUAUAUAGCGGGGCGGCAUUGGAGUUAUUUCCGCGGCUUAAGGAGAUCCCAGAUAAAGCGAGGCUCUGA